UUGACGUUUCAUUAAUUGCCGUCAUUAACCCCCAUGACCAAAACAAUGGCGGGUUCCGCACUAAGGCGAUUAAUGGCAGAGUAUAAACAAUUAACCUUAAAUCCACCUGAAGGUAUAAUCGCUGGUCCAAUAAAUGAGGAAAAUUUUUUCGAAUGGGAAGCCUUAAUCACUGGUCCAGAAGGAACAUGCUUCGAAGGGGGAGUUUUUCCAGCAAAAUUAAUAUUUCCACCAGAUUACCCCUUAAGUCCACCAAAAAUGCAAUUUACUUGUGAAAUGUUUCAUCCAAACAUUUAUGCAGAUGGUAGAGUAUGUAUAAGUAUAUUACAUGCUCCUGGUGAUGAUCCUAUGGGUUAUGAAAGUAGUGCAGAAAGAUGGAGUCCAGUUCAAAGUGUAGAGAAAAUAUUGUUAAGUGUGGUAAGUAUGUUAGCAGAACCGAAUGAUGAAAGUGGAGCAAAUGUCGAUGCUGCUAAAAUGUGGAGAGAAGAUCGCUCAGAAUUUGAAAGAAUUGCUCACAAACUAGUUAGGAAAACACUUGGUAUUCCACCUUAAAUUAAAAUAUUUAAU